AUGGCAACAUACAGCAAAGAUCUAUGUAUUUAUCGAUCUAUACCCAAACAAAGGUUGGAAAAAUUGGAUAAAAGGUUUCCGAAGGUUACGCAGAGACCUCGGAUCUCCACAUACUACGGUCCUGACAUCGUUGGCAUGCAGGGUGACCUCAUCCUCAGGGCUCGACGUACUGCAGAGAUAGAGACGAUGAAACCGACCAAAAGAGACGACCAAAAGAUGUGGACUGAGUUAAAAUGCAAAGCUCUAAACUCUGCCCGGUCCAGGGUAAAGACAAGGGCAACAAAGUAA